GAUAACAUGAAUGUUGUGAAAGUGCGAUUUUUAAAUUUUGCUUUCCGAUUUUGCAAAGAACAACCCCAAAGAUUAAUGGUUUAUUCCAGGAACUGACAGGCGACAGGUACAAACUACAGGUGCAUGUGGUUUGUUUAUGGGCGCAGAUAGAGGUAGUUCUCGGCUGAAACAGAAGACAAAACUGUUACAAUAUCCUCAAUAACUGUGUUAUCAUGGUGUGAAUUACACAAUUCAAAGAAGACAAAUUGAAAACACGGGAAUUGAAGAUCGGAGUCACAGCAGACUGGAGAUGGAGCAACCAGUGCAAAUUCUUCAUCCACACCAUGGAGAGGGGGACUGUUUGGCACCCCAUCAAGGUGAUGUCUCAUCAGGCCCCAUCAUUGGGGCAUCUCUGAUGGGUCAGUGGCAUGCAUUCAAAGGCAGGCCGAUCGAGAAUGAGUUGGACAUGGAGUUCCAUCGCCAGUUGGAUCACGUAGCUGUGUGGAUAGACAGAUGGGGUCACCAACAGAAAUGUCUGAUUUUGGAGGGCAUUCUAACCAGGAGUAACUACAGCCAGUUUGGGUUUCUAUGGACGUGCCUGCAGCCUGCUCUCCACAGGGACUUUAUGUACACCUCACAACAGCUGUACCCAGAGCACAGAUUCACACCCAUAAGUACCUUUGUCAGUAGGGAGACGCGGGCCAGGAGAGCUGUCCGUAAUUACUAUCACGUUGGAAGCGCCCAUCUUCAGAGGCGUUCAGAUGUCAUACGGUGUAACACAGACACUGGUCCUGUACACAGUGAGGAUAUGCCAGUUACCCGGCAGGGUAGACAAAGCGAAAAGACCACUCUGUCUGGAGGCCCUCAGCUUUCCCGAAGUACAGCCAACAUCAAGUUGCCCAGCAUCCACUCCACUCGUUACCAUAGCAGCAGGAAUGCAAAUCCACUCAGCAGAUCAGCACCUGCCAGUCUCAAGAGAAUCACAGACGAAGCCCCAGCUGUUCGCCGACACAUGCAAGACAGGCCUCGGCCCAAUGCACCCAGUGCAAUCCCCAAAGACUAUAGUCCGGUCACCGCCCAAAACCUGCCUCACCUAACCAAGUCCCUCACACAAAUACAAAUCAGCCGGACCAGACCAACUAUGUCUGGUACCUCUCCAAGGAAUCUUCCACCUGUUCCCAUUGUACCUGAUGAAGCCUGGCAGCUGUACCACUGGUAUGAGGAAUGCUGGAAUGAUGUCCAACGAAACGAAUUCCUGCACAAGCUACUAAAGAGACUGGAUUCCAGACAGUUGUACUUCCUCUGCAGUUCACUAGCUCUGAAGCAGUCCCGUGACUUCAUUGCCCUUCUGCCAGAAUCCCUGGCGCUGCGUAUCUUACAAUACCUCUCCCCAAAGAGCCUCUUGGUGGCAGCUUUGGUCAGUCGCACAUGGUGUCGGUUGGCUAGUCAUGAUAGCAUAUGGAAGGCCAAAUGUGACCAAGUUGACAUCGAAAUUCCUUUGCCGAGUGGACAUUUCCUGUGGAAGACUGUGUACAGGGACAACGUUUUCCUGAGACAGAAUUGGGAGUCGGGUAAAUGCAAGCAAAUUGAUGUCAGAGGUCAUACAGCCAAGGUGCUGUGUGUCACGUUUGACGGCAAGACAAGAUUGGCCAGUGGCAGUAAGGAUUCUAGCAUUAAGAUAUGGGACAUCCACACUGGUAACCUGAUACAGACAUUGAAAGGACACACGAAAGGAGUCUGGUGCCUAAGCUUCUUCACCCGUUACCUGCUAGUCAGUUCCUCCUUUGAUGGCACCGUGAAAGUCUGGAACCUACGCAGUGGCGUCUGUACACGCACCAUGUUUGGCCACGAUGGACCCAUCUGGGCAAUGGCACAGAAGGGCCACUUUCUGGUCACUGCUUCACAGGAUAGGACACUGAAGUUGUGGGACAUGAGAACUUGUCUUCUGGAGCAUACGCUGGUGGGCCACACUCAGGCUGUCUUCUGUGUGGACAUGGAUGACAAUUGCACAAUGGUCAUCUCUGGAUCUGCUGAUAGGAGUAUUCGUGUUUGGAGCGUGGAGACGGGCCGCUAUACAAAAGUCAUCUGGGCCAGCCAGAGUACCUCCAUCAUGGCGCUCAGUUAUCACCGUGGUUACUUCACAUGUGCUGUUGGCGAGACAGUCUCCCUCUGGAGGCUAGAAACGGCCAGCUGUAUCAAAACAUUCGAUGAACACGAAAAACGGGUGGAGAGUGUUGGUCUGAGAGUGGACAAUGCAAAGGAUCCUGAUAGUCCGAGGGGAUUACUAGUCACUGCUGGACAGGAUGGAAUGGUCAAGUACUGGAACCUUGAUAGCAAUAAGAGUAACCACACUUUGCAGAGCAGCAGCCAAAUCAACAGCCUCUUCUUUGAUGAAACCAAGAUAAUCGGAGCGUGCUCCGACUACAAGCUCAAGAUCUGGGACUUCAACACGUCUUUGUGAGGGAGGUUUGUCAAUGGAUGAUCCCUGCAUUCCAGGUGUUGAUACCAUCAAGAUGUACUGCCACAAACCUUAUCGUUUACUGUCAGAGUGAAGGUCAUGAUUAUAUCAAAAUCCACACUUCAUUGUGCAGUUGUUAUUAAGUCAGUACAUACAUACUGUGAUGUCCAGUCAUUAUGAGAUUACAAUAGGACUCGAUGUUCAGGGUUUGUUAAAGUACAAAGAAAGUGCUAUGGACCAUUUCAUAAUGGAGGAGGAUUGUGGCCGAUUCAAAAUGUGGAAAAUGCUUGUACAAGCCAUUAGUUCACUAUAAGCGGGAGUGUGGCCUACUUGUUAAGUAUAGUCUGUGGAAUAGCCGCUUGCACAGCGUCUACGAUAUGCGUGCAGAUUCGGUGACAAAUUAUGCAAAACAAGACUGCGUCUUGACCUCCAGAUUCUGAAUAUUCAGCGGGCGCCUUCUAUCGGGUCUUCGGAAAUUGGUUGCUGUAUUACAAAAACAAGGCAGCCAAUUGACCAAUCAACGGCUUAGACCGAAUUUCUCCUUAAAAUGAUGUCACAAUUUCUAAAGUCGACUCUGAUUUGCUGGCACACGGGGAUUGCAUAAAAUUUGUAUGGACGCAUAAACAUGUAUCAGGUUGUUUGCCUCAUUGAGGAACGGUUGAUACUCGGACCAUGGCCAUGGACCAUCAGGGGCAAUGCCUCACCCCCCCCCCCCCCCAAAAAAAAAACCGAACGCAACUUGUAAAAUUGUUAUAUGCAGAAUGUUGCCAUUUUAAGUAUUUUUUCAUUAAAAAGUACUGGAAAAAAUUAGUACUGUUUGUAUAUUAUCUUACAUUACAAUAGUUUCAUGUAAAUAAUAGAUGUUAAAGUAUCAUUUAAACUGUAAUGAAAGCAAAGUUGUGCAUGUAAAUACAAUCGGUAAAUAAGAAACUUACACGUAAAAAGAUACACAAUUGGUUAUUAAACUGGCCUCAAAUAUGUGUGUGUUAAAUCCAAAUAUAGGACAUGCUGAAUUUGUUAUGUAGGACGUGUUGAAAUGUUGGAUCUUAGAUGCUCUGUGGUGCGAUCUCAGGCAAUAUCUGACCACUUUAACCCCUGUUUUUUUUCAGCAAAAGAUCAUAAUUUAAACGCCGGUUUCGAGUUCCAAGUCAUUGAAUCAGCUAUCCGGAGCUAUAAAAUCAAACUGUAGGCUACAGUAUUUAUUCGGGAUGAAAAAGGUGGGGGGGGGGGACAAAACGAUAUGAUA